AUGUGAGCCUUGAUGUCACGUCGUCGGGUAAUAUAAAUAAGGACGCGAAUCUCGAAGGGGAUCUCUGCAACCAGUAAACUCGAAUCUCCCUCUAACACCGCUUUCUAUCACCAUUUAUCUCUCUUACUGUCCUUCCUCUGCGCCCCAUGGGAAUAUCCAUGCAAACAAUGGAGCGUCCGCGCAGGGCCACAUGCUAAGAUCUCAUCGAAGUCUCCGGAUACGCCAGAAGAAGACGUUUCUUUCCGGAAGCGCCCGAGAAAUGUUAUGUUCAGUGAGCUAGAGGAUUUGAAUACUCUGAACUCGAUGCGUUAUAAUUUAUGGGACGUGUCGCGACUCUUGACGAUCGUGAUUGAGUGUGGAUGGACCGGAAUCGGGCCGAUUACCCCAGACUUGAAUAACACGUGAGUAUGGGUACUUUAUAACAGCUUGCAUCUGUACCACUUCUCCGACACCGUAUAGAUAACCGCCAUGGCGAGCAUUGCCUCCCAACUCGUACUUCAUCCCUCUGUCUCUAGAGCGCUCAAGCUAGGGUCGACCACUCUUGGUCGAGACAAACUGUACCGGGCGGUGCAGAACUUCGCCCGAGCUUAUUCGUGGGUUUUGGCUUUGCGCGGCCACAAGGAAGAUUCUGCACGAUGGAAUGCCAUGAAGUCGCAUUUGGCUAUUGCGCGAAAGCUCCUUCGACUGGGCAAGCCCAUGGAACAUCUACAAGCAGCCCUCAAGGCUACUAUCUCGGCCGACCCACCAAUCGAGCAAAUUCUGGCCGUUGCUCGUCAGCUUGCGUACUUUUCGUACCUGGCGUUUGACAUGCUUACCUGGGCUCAUACUAUCAAAUUCCUGAGUCUUGAAUCUUCUGCUGCCGCUAAGAUCUUGAGGGUGGCGAAUCGCUCUUGGCUUGCAGGAAUUCUCUUUGGAAUCACGCAUGCCGCCGUCAAAACUGCACGUUUGAGCCGCGAAGCCAAGCUUCUCAAACAUCAGCAGUUCAGCGAGAAAGACGUUGGCAGCAAGAUGGAUGGCCAGUCACGACUGCAAGCCAUAUCCAAAACGAAGGACGCUGUGCGUCAUCAAUUCAUCAUGGACGCGUUGGAUGUCUGGACCCCGGCAACCAACCUGGGAUGGAGCAGCAUGAACGACGGUUUUGUCGGAACAUUCGCCAUGAUCUCUUCCUUGAUGGCUUUGCAGAAGCAGUGGGAAGCAGUGGGCGGUACCAAAUAAGAUGUAUAAGAUGGAUGUUGUUUAUGGUACUGAAUACACUGCACAUUACUCAGCUCUUGAUUCGAGCAAAGCGUCAACUCACUUAUGCGGCUACCGAUUUUGCUUCCGACUCUCGUAGUUUCGCGGCUUUUUGCUCAGUGCGAAGUCGCAGAUAUUCUGUGCGCACUCGUUCAUAUGGUUCGGGUCCAGUGCUGGCCAGGUAGAGUCUGCAUCGCUGGAAGUAAAGCAAGAAAUGUUUACAUACUAGAGAAUCAUGCAGUCCUGCAUCGUGCGCAGCUGGCCUCUGCAAGCCCACGCGACUGAUAUUGUGCGACCUGUGAUACAGUCUGCGAAGGCUAUGGCGCGUUCAGACACAGAAGACAUAGUCCGAGUCUGUCGAACCCUUUACAACUUCAUGACACUCUUGCACUGCCCGUUCUUUCGUGACCUUCAGGAGAUUGUCUUCCUCGCGACGCGACAAAGCGUUCAUAGAGAGU